AUGUCUCUUAGCAAGUUGGGCGUUUUUGCCCAGUUGGCGCUGGCCGCCAGCGCCGUGCUCAUCCCUUCUACCAUGACAACUGCGGAAGAGCUCGGGGACGACCACGCUUUUGAAUCUCUCGCCAUCAACCCCAGCCAGCGGUCUGUUGCGCUAGCAUGUCCUGGUUGCGCCUUUGCGACAUAUGAUGGAGAAACUCUUAAAUGGAAGGCUGACGCUGGAAAUGCCUUUCGCCUGGACUUCGACGUUGGACCUCAGGGCAACGCCCUAAACCUGGACAACUCCCAACUAUACCCGCCGUCGUUUGGCUUCGCUUCUGAGCCCUACCAUGUUGUACAAGUUGAUCCUACCUCCGGAGACGGCAUGCGCCUACGCAUCACCAGCUACGAGUUCCGCUACGAUGGUGCGGAGACCAUCUCAGAGGAGGGCACCGAGCUCCUGCCGAUGACCUUCCAAAUCACCUCUGUCGAAGGCACCGCUGUCAACCCUCCCGCGCUCCAGAUCAACGUAUUGAAGAACUCCGAAGGUCGCCUCAUGAUCGCAUCUUUCAACGAGGCCCAGCCUAGCCCGGCUACACCAACAGACAAGGAGUGCAAUGAGUGGCCGCUCUACUGCAAGUGGAAGAAGAUUAUGGAAGACCGCAUCGAGCAAAUCAAGGACAUGCGCAAGCCCCGCCCCGGCUGCCACAAGCGACCCCACCCUGGUGCCCGUCCCAACAACCCCAUGGAGCAUGAGACCAUGGUUGGCAAGCCUCCGCACCGCUUCCGCCCUGGCAAGCCUCACCCGCACCACCGUCCUCACCACAUGAGCCACCACGGCCAUCAUGGUCACCACCACCGCUUCUCCAUGUUCGUUCGUCGCGCCUUCUUCACUAUCUUCGUCCCUAUUCUCAUUGGUAUCUUCGCUGGUACCCUUACAUACCUUGUGGGUAUGGCCCUUGGAUGUCUCAUUGCCAUCACUGUCGCCAAGUUCCGUGGCCAGCGCUACCAGCCGAUUGCUCUUGACGAGGAAGAUGUAGAGGAUGCAGAAGAGCACGGAGAGAAGGAGGAAUAUGCUGAGCUCCCUGCAUACGACGCCCCUCCUGUAUACGAGGAGGCUACCGUUGAGGAGACUGCGAAGGAGGCCAAUGAGUCAAAUUAA